ACUGCAGCAAUAGCAACAGCCACAGCCACAGCAACAGCAGAGAAGGCGGGCGCCCAGAGCGGCGGAGAAGGAGGCGGCUAAGGUGGCGGCUGCAAUGCUGGAGCAAAGCCGGCGGAUGGCGGCAACUCGCCUGGGGCUGCUUUUCCUCACCAUUUGGGUUCAGGCGUCGCAGCCCAUGGGAUAUUUCGAGCUGCAGCUGAGCUCGGUGAAGAACGUGAACGGGGAGCUCCAGAACGGCGACUGCUGCGACAGCAACCGGACUGCACGGCCCACCGGGUCGGGCUGGAGCUGCGGCCGAGAUGAGUGUGACACCUACGUUCGUGUCUGCCUCAAGGAAUAUCAGACCAAAGUAACCCCGACGGGGGCCUGCAGCUACGGCCAAGGAGCCACGCCCGUGCUCGGUGGGAAUACUUUUUCCUUGGGCGGUGGUACCAACAGCGGCAGGAGCAGCCACCACGGCAGGGGCAGCAGAGACAAGGGCCGGGUGGUUAUCCCCUUCCAGUAUGCGUGGCCGCGAUCAUUCACCCUGAUAGUGGAGGCCUGGGACUGGGAUAACGGCACUCAGAAUGAUGGGCUUCUGAUUGAGAGAGUGUCCCAUGCAGGAAUGAUCAACCCUGAGGACCGCUGGAAGAGCUUACACUUCAGUGGCCACGUGGCCCACCUGGAGGUGAAGAUCCGUGUGCAGUGUGAUGAGAACUACUACAGCAGCACCUGUAACAAGUUCUGCAGGCCACGGGAUGAUUUUGUGGGCCACUACACCUGUGACCAGUACGGCAAUAAGGCCUGCAUGGAAGGCUGGAUGGGCCCUGAGUGUAAGCAAGCUGUAUGUAAACAAGGAUGUAAUUUACUCCACGGGGGAUGCAACGUGCCUGGGGAGUGCCGGUGUCAUUAUGGCUGGCAGGGAAGGUUCUGUGAUGAGUGUGUCACUUAUCCUGGCUGUCUGCAUGGGAGCUGUACAGAGCCUUGGAAAUGUAACUGUGAGACCAACUGGGGAGGACUUCUUUGUGACAAAGACCUGAACUACUGUGGAAACCACCAUCCAUGUACCAAUGGAGGAACAUGCAUGAAUGCAGAGCCAGACCAGUAUCAAUGUGCCUGCCCUGACGGAUACUCAGGAAAGAACUGUGAGAUCGUGGAGCAUGCAUGUGUGUCUAACCCCUGUGCCAAUGGUGGCUCCUGCCACGAAGUCUCCUCGAGUUUUGAGUGCCACUGUCCCCCAGGGUGGAGUGGGCCCACCUGUGCCAUUGAUAUUGAUGAGUGUGCAUCCAACCCCUGUGCCCGCGGAGGCACCUGCAUUGACCAGGUGAAUGGCUUUGAGUGCAUCUGCCCCCAGCAGUGGGUGGGCACAACGUGCCAGCUGGACGCUAAUGAAUGUGAGGGGAAGCCCUGUCUUAAUGCUUUUUCUUGCAAAAAUCUGAUUGGUGGAUAUUACUGUGACUGCAUCCCAGGAUGGAAAGGAGUGAAUUGUCACAUCAAUAUCAAUGAUUGCCGGGGGCAGUGUCAGAAUGGAGGCACAUGCAAGGAUGAGGUGAAUGGCUAUCAGUGCCUUUGUCCCCGGGGCUUUACAGGCAAGCAUUGCGAGCUGGAGAAGAAUGAAUGUGCCAGCAACCCCUGUCAGAAUAGGGGGCUCUGUGAGGACUUAGUGAAUGGCUUCCGCUGCCACUGCACCAAGGGUUUCUCUGGUGUCUUCUGUGAGGUGGACAUUGAUUUCUGUGAGCCUUACCCCUGCCAGAAUGGAGCCCGCUGCUACAGCCUGGAAGGAGAUUAUUACUGUGCCUGUCCUGAAGACUAUGAUGGGAAGAAUUGCUCCUACCCUAAAGACCACUGCAGGAAUGGCUCUUGCAAAGUAAUAGACAGCUGUGAAAUCGAGGUCUUCACCAACACUACAAGAUUCAUCUCUUCCAAUGUAUGCGGGCCCCAUGGACAUUGCAUCAGCCAGCCUGGGGGUAAUUUCACGUGUACCUGUGAGAGUGGCUUCACUGGCACCUACUGCCAUGAGAACAUUAAUGACUGCCUGGGGAUGCCGUGCCAGAAUGGAGGCACUUGUAUUGAUGAGAUCGACUCCUUCCAGUGCUUCUGCCCCAGUGGCUGGGAGGGCGAGCUGUGUGACACCAAUUUGAAUGACUGCUUCCCUGACCCAUGUCAUAAUGGAGGCCACUGCAUUGACCUGGUGAAUGAUUUCUACUGUGAAUGCAAAGAUGGUUGGAAGGGCAAGACCUGCCACUCACGUGAGUACCAGUGUGAUGCCAACACAUGCAGCAACGGCGGCACCUGUUAUGACAAUGGAGACACUUUCCGAUGCAUAUGUCCCCCAGAAUGGAAGGGCAGCACUUGUAACACAGCCAGGAAUAGCAGCUGUCUCCUGAACCCAUGCAUGAAUGGCGGCACAUGUGUGGGCAGUGGCGAUUCCUUUUCCUGUAUCUGCAAAGAUGGCUGGGAAGGCCGCACAUGCACCCAAAAUACAAAUGACUGCAAUCCUCACCCCUGCUACAAUGGAGGCAUCUGUGUUGAUGGAGUGAAUUGGUUUCGUUGUAAUUGUGCCCCAGGGUUUGCUGGUCCUGACUGCCGAAUCAACAUUGAUGAAUGCCAGUCCUCCCCAUGUGCAUAUGGGGCCACAUGUGUGGAUGAAAUAAAUGGGUACCAGUGUAUCUGUCCUCCUGGGAGAGCUGGGCAGAGAUGCCAGGAAGUGAUUGGUUUCGGGAAAUCCUGCUGGUCCCAGGGCAUGCCGUUCCCACAUGGCAGCAAGUGGACCGAGGAAUGCAACACAUGCCACUGUGUGGAUGGUCGCACCGACUGCAGUACAGUGUGGUGUGGAAGAAAGCCCUGUCUGUUACCCAGACACCCAGACUACACGGAGGAUCAGUGUCCACGAGGCCAGGACUGCCUGGAGAGAGCCUACCACAAAUGCCUUCAGCCUCCUUGUGCAGCUUGGGGGGAGUGCAGCCCAAUGGAGCCCCUUGUCCCAAGCACCCCAUGCCAGCCUAAUUCUGGACACCUGGGGAAUAACUGUGCCAAGAUCACCCUCAUCUUUAACCGGGACAAGGUACCCCAGGGCACCACAGUGGGAGCCAUCUGCUCAGGGAUCCGCUACCUGCCAGCCACACGGGCAGCAGCACGGGAGGGCCUACUGGUUCUGCUGUGUGACCUGUCGGCCUCCACGGAGAAUGCUGUGGAAGUUGCCAUUUCCUUCAGCCCACCCCGGGAUGAACCAGACAACACCCUCAUCCAGAAUGCUGCAAAUACCAUCAUCAGUGCCAUAACCAAGCCAGAGAAUAGCACGGUGCUACUUGCUGUUACCGAGGUCAAAGUGGAAACUGUUGUGAUGGGGAACUCCUCCACAGAUUACCUAGUUCCCGUCCUCUGUGGGGUCUUCAGCAUCAUGUGGCUGACAUGUAUCAUCAUCUGCGUGUGGUGGACUCGAAAGAGAAGAAAAGAGAGAGAGAGAAGCCGACUUCCCAGGGAGGAGAGUGUGAACAAUCAGUGGGCUACCCUGAACCCCAUCAGGAACCCUAUAGACAGACCAUACAGUAACAAAGACAUUUAUUAUGAAUGCAAAAACUUCAUUUCUCCUCCUAAGAGAACUCGUGAUGAGGUGGAGGAAUAUGUAGAGUAUGAGGAAGAGGAGGAAGAAGAGGAAGAGGAGGAAGAAGAGAGAGAGGUCAUUGAGGCAGAGAAGUUCCUUUCUCAAAAACUGCAAAAGCCUUCACUCACCAAAGGACCAGGGGACCUCAAGGAGAGCCCCCUUGGAAAGUGGGCACGCCCAGGGGCAAGCCACAAAGUAGACAACAGAUCUCUCAAGAAUGUGAAUGACUAUGAAGAUGGAAAAGAUUAGCCCCGAGGCGCUGGGGAGCUGAAGUCCCCUCCGGGGCAAGGCAGGGGGAGAAGGGGGAACUCUUCCUUCUGCCUCAAGAACCGACAUAUCUGGAGUCAAAUGUAAUGUUUAUAGUUUCUUUAUUUUGUGUAAAAAAAAAGUUUAUUUUCUAUGUUUCUUUAGUCUUGUAUAAAUUAUUCAAUGACUGUCAGGUGAAAAACAAUUGAGUAUUCUUUAAUAGUUGCUAUUUUUGUAAAGUUAUAAGACACUGUGUGACAGAGGAGAAACAAAACGGUAUCUGUAUUUUCGCUAUUUUGUGUAAAGUUUAUUAUAAGAGAUUAUACAUUGUUUACAGAAUCUUUCUUUUUUAUUCCUUGAUCUGAUUGAAUGGUGGCUCCCAAGCCCCCUGCCUGAGGACCCUGUGGGACCCGUUUGCCAAUGCCCCGAGCCUGGCGGCUCCUGGCGGGCUCGAUGACUGCACUUGCGACUGUGCCGGCUGCUUCCCCAAUCCUGCAGAUCUGCCUUACGCUUCAUAGCUGGAACAAAGCUAUAGAGGUCUUUCAACUGUGGUUCAAAACGUGGCCUUUCUGUCUCUUUCUCCUCUUUUUGCUCUUCAGUCCUUUAGGAUCGCAGUAUUGAAGCAUGGGACAAGUGCCUUGAGAUAAACUUUUCUAUAGCAGCUGUCAGAAACUGCCAUCUCUUCGUCCACCCACCUGGCAAGCUCAGACCAGGCCCAGCCCUACCUGCUCCUUUUCUGCUCUGAUUGUGAACAUGUGCGUCUGUACAUAUGUACAUAUUAAAUGAAUCACUCUGUAUAUUUGAUUUAAUAACUUAAAAUAUUUCAGUCUCCCUUUUUUAAAAAAAAAAAUUGACAUGUCAUUCCUUAAUUUAUGCUGCAGGCAGGGAGAUGCUGUUUACAGGAAUUUUCCACGUCCCUGGACAAGGGAAGCUAGAGAGAGUGGAAUGAGCAGGGCAGGAUGUUAAGACUAGGACAGGACUGCCUCAUUAGACCUUGCUGGGUUAAGGUGACCCAGCAGUGAUGUGUAAAUAGAUCCAGCAAUGAUUGUUUGCCCCCCUUUUAAUGACCUGAGGCUCCCAAAAACACACAGGAUACCCUGUCUGCAGAUGGUAUGUAUAUGUAUGUGUGUGUGUGUGAGAGAGAACGUCUGUGUGUAUAUGUGUUGGCAUGUGAGAGACAGAGAUACGGCUUCCUUGGUGAAUGUUAAUUACACAUGGUAUUAAUGUACUUUUUUGGCAUUUUAAAAACAGGCCUGAUGAAGGGAACAAUGACCUUUUCUCCUCUGUUCACAGCUUAGUUAAUGGUGGUUCCGUGACACAGCAGUGGUAAUCAGAGCUACCAAGGUGUGGGAAUACCAUUAGAAAGCCCGCGUGGUUUGGUUUGGUUUGUUUUGGUUAGGACUUCCAUUUCCACUUCAAUUUAUUGCUGUUAGAUGGGCAGGCUACGUAGUUUUCCUUUUUCAUUACUAAGAAGAUAUUGUGCUCUUUUGCCAUUAGUUGGGGUAAACAGUGGAUGGGGGGAAGGGAGGUGGCUAUCUGAAUAGUGAGCACCCCAGCCAAUGAGCAGUGUAAACAUGGUCGUUUGGAAACUCUAAUUACUGUAUACAUUAAAUCCAGGAGUGGUGUGCAGGAUCCUCUGUUCAUUACAUUUUGUUUGCUUAUUAAACAACUUUCACAAAAAACUAUUUAUUAAAACAUUUUGUAACAAUGUCUGGGA